ACAGCGCCUCAGCGGCAGCCGCUCCACGAAGAGGGGCAGCCGCCGCCGCCGCGGGAAGAACAUGAGUGGCGCAGGGGCUCAGCCUGCCGCGGCCCCUGGGGCCAGCCCGGGACCCGAGUCUCCGCCGCCGCCUCCGCCGCCGCUGCUCAGCGUCGACCUGCCGGGGCUCCUGUCGCAGUUCGCGCGGAGCUUCGCGCUGGUCUUCCCCAUCUACCUACUGGGUUACCUGGGGCUGAGCUUCAGCUGGGUCCUGGUCGCCUUGUUGUGCCUCUUCUGGGUGCAGCGGCACCGGGGCGGAAAGAGCUCCCGCUUGGGCCGGGCUCUCGCCUUCCUGGAAGACGAGGAGCGGGCGGUGCGGCUCUCCGUCUCCACCGGAGACCUUCCCGCCUGGGUCCACUUUCCAGAUACUGAAAGAGCAGAGUGGCUAAAUAAGACUGUGAAACAUAUGUGGCCUUUCAUUUGCCAGUUUAUUGAGAAGCUCUUCCGUGAAACAAUAGAGCCUGCAGUGAAAGGAGCAAACAGCCAUUUGAGUACUUUUAGUUUCACAAAAAUUGAUAUAGGGAAUCAGCCCAUUAGGAUUAAUGGUGUGAAAGUGUAUACUGAAAAUGUGGAUAAAAGGCAGAUCAUUUUGGAUCUACAAAUCAGUUUUGUGGGAAACACAGAAAUUGAUUUGGAGAUCAAGAGAUACUUCUGUAGAGCUGGAGUGAAAAGUAUACAGAUUCAUGGCACAAUGAGAGUUAUUUUGGAACCUCUGCUUGGUGAUAUACCCUUAAUUGGAGCAGUAUCUUUAUUUUUCCUUAGGAAACCACUUUUAGAAAUUAACUGGACAGGACUGACCAAUCUUCUGGAUAUUCCAGGACUCAAUGGAUUAUCUGACACUAUAAUACUAGAUAUAAUAUCCAAUUAUCUAGUACUUCCAAAUCGAAUCACUGUUCCUUUUGUCAGUGAUGUGCAGAUUGCUCAAUUGCGGUUCCCCAUACCAAAGGGUGUACUAAGAAUACACUUCCUUGAAGCUCAGGAUCUUGAGGGAAAAGAUACUUACUUAAAGGGACUUGUUAAGGGAAAGUCUGAUCCUUAUGGAAUCAUUCAACUGGGAAAUCAAAUUUUCCGAAGCAAAGUUAUCAAAGAAAAUCUUAAUCCAAAGUGGAAUGAAGUUUAUGAGGCCUUAGUCUAUGAACAUCCAGGACAAGACUUGGAGAUUGAACUCUUUGAUGAAGAUCCAGACAAGGAUGACUUUCUAGGAAACCUGACGAUAGACUUAAUUGAAGUUGAAAAGGAACGCCACAUAGAUGAGUGGUUUUCUUUGGAUGAAGUCUCCAAAGGAAAAUUGCACUUAAAACUCGAAUGGCUCACAUUGAAGCCUACUGUUGAAAAUCUUGACCAGGUGCUAAAAAGCAUUAGAGCUGAUAAAGAUCAAGCCGACGAUGGGCUUUCAUCAGCGGUGCUUAUUCUUUAUUUGGAUUCAGCAAGAAAUCUGCCACAUAAUCCUUUAGAUUAUAAUCCAGAAGCCUUGAAGAAGUCUGCUGUUCAGAAAGUCUUAAAGUCAGGGAAGAAAAUGAACAGUAAUCCAAAUCCCCUUGUCUUAAUGACAAUUGGACAUAACUCACAAGAAAGCAAGAUCCGCUAUAAGACCAAUGAACCUGUUUGGGAAGAGCAUUUCACUUUUUUUGUUCAUAAUCCUCGACGACAAGAGCUAGAAGUUGAGGUCAAGGAUGAACAACAUCAGUGCUCCUUGGGAAAUUUUAAGCUUCCUCUUAACCAACUCCUUGCAAGUGAAGAUCUAACUAUGCAUCAGAGAUUUCAUCUUAACAAUUCUGGUCCAAACAGCACUGUAUACAUGAAGAUUGCACUCAGGAUCCUUUCUCUUGAAAACCAAGAGAGAGCUCCAGAUUACCAAUAUACGUCCAAAGUGAAGAGGCCUUCUGUUUCCAAAGAUGGGAGGAAGGGUACUUUCAAGCCUCAGGUGCCCCCCUCUCCAGCAGCUGAUGUGAGCAAAGCCCUAAGUUCUACACCUGUAGAUGCCAAUAAAAGGACUGACGGGAUGGAAGCAGGCCUCCCCUCCAACCCUCACCCUCAAUGGCCAGCAGAUCUCAGCAGAAGUUCCUCCAGUCUUCUGACCUCCAAUUUGAGUGGUUCUCCCAGCCACCUUUCAGUCAAAGAGCCUACUCCAAGUAUAGCUUCAGACAUCUCUCUUCCCAUCGCCACGCAGGAGCUAAGGCAACGUCUGAGGCAACUUGAAAAUGGAGCAACGUUGGGACAGUCACCAUUGGGCCAGAUUCAGUUAACAAUUCGUCACAGUUCACAGAGAAACAAACUUAUGGUGGUUGUGCAUACAUGCAGAAAUCUAAUCGCCUUUUCAGAAGAAGGUUCCGACCCUUAUGUUCGAAUAUAUUUAUUGCCUGACAAGAGGAGAUCAGGAAGAAGAAAAACAAGUGUUUCAAAGAAGAAUUUAAAUCCAGUGUUUGAUCAGGCUUUUGAUUUCAGCGUUCCGUUGUCUGAUCUACAGAGAAGAACUUUAGAUGUUGCAGUGAAGAACAGUGGAGGGUUCUUGUCUAAAGAUAAAGGUCUGCUUGGUAAGGUACUGAUACCACUGGCUUCAGAAGCACUUUCCAAAAAUUGUACUCAGUGGUAUGACUUGACAGAAGAUGGGACAAGAAUUAACGUUGCACCUUAGGCAGCUUUGGAUUCCAAAAGCUCCUGUUAGCAUAUUUUUGCCAAUCUUUAUGUUUUUUAUUAGCAUUGUACCAAUAUUACUUUUUAUAACUCUUAGUUACUUGGCCCAUCACCCCAACCGUUUUAUAAUAUCUUGAGAUUUUGCUGUAGGCUUAAAUCAGCUUACUUAUAAACAGUUUUUUUUUACCCAUUUGUUACAGCAAUUUUAAUGUGCAAUAGGGUUUAUAGAAUAAACAUUUGUUUCAUUAGGUCCUGUUAUGGCAUUUCUGUCCUUAAGAAAAAUGGGCUAUAUUUCAUUUUUUUUACCUUAUUUUUGUCUCAUCAAGAUAUCUGCCAUGUAAAUAGAUACUAUUUUUUCAACUGCAUUAUCCUCAAGAGGUUUGAAUGCAGAAAAAAAUGUCAAAGAAAACUAUUUUCUUUGAAAAAAGGAUGAUAUAAAAAUCUUAAAACAAAUUUGAGAAUAGCAUAGCUAGAAAAAUGGACUUAAUCUUACUAAUAUUGUGGAUUUAAGAGUUUCUUAUUUUUAAAAAAAAUGAAAACUAUUGAUGUAAUGAUGUAUGAUUAAAGAUUUGCAAAAAAGGGAAAUACAAAAUAUUAACCUUUAAUAUUUAUAUUGAAAAAUGUAUUCUUUUGUUCAGAUAAUGCAUAUAAUUCACAAAUGCAUAUAUUAUAUAUGUGAAAAUGAAGAUUUAUGUAGUACAGUACUGUGUUUUUUUCCAUUCACUGCUUCUUAUUAAAAGUUUAUUUGUCCUAUCCAUAAUGCAGGGAAAAUGCCUAUGCAACAGAAUGCUCAAGCUAUAUAACAAAUUAGGAUUUGGCAGCCACCCUGAUACAAAUUGCGAUGUCACAUUGAUUGCUACCGAUAGGAAACAGUUUAUAACUGAGUUUUAAAGCAUGUUUACAAUUGUAUGUGGAAUACCAGCAAAUAAUGAGCUCAAACUGUAGAGACUUCUGAAUUUCUGCUUGAUUCUUUCACAGUUGUUUCAGUACUGUCAGUAUUGGUGCCUUGAGCGAGUUUUUUAUUUUUAUUUCUGGAUCAAUGCAUGUAGUAACCACAAUAGCACUGCAUUCUUUAUGAAAGUACCAGUUCCAAAGUUGAUUCAUUCACACAUUAUCAGUAAGGAAUAUGACAGUACAGAAUGGGAGGACAGAGUGUGCAAAAAACAGCAUUGAAGCUGAUCCACAGUGCUUCUGUAUAACAAUAAUGCAGGAAAAAAAAAUACUUCCAGUGAAUCAUUUAAAAUCAAAUGUAUCUUCUAAUCAGUAUAGCUUUUUUUUUUUUCCAUUUGAUUUUGUCACGCCCAGGAAAUGCAAGAACAGUUUGCGAAAAUGGGCUUGGUUAUUUGAGUGUGAACAUUUUAUUCACUGUUGCUUUCAGAAUAGAACCCGGGAAGGGGGAGCAUUAAUUAUAUUUAUUCAAAUAUUUUUGAAAGCUUUCUCAGAUGGUUUUAACAAUGACACAUUUUUUUGUAUUUUAAUCCAAGAAAUGGCAUAGUUCCAUAGAAAUUAGUAGCUACACAUCAUCUUGAAUAUAUAUGCAAUGCCUUUCUAAGAGUAAUACAAUAGUAUAAAAUAAUAAAAUGUUAUCAGACUUUUGAAAGUCUUAGAAAGUUCUCUGGCCAAAUGAUUUCUAUGGGUGAAUAAACUUUAAGGAUAUUAGCUUUAUAAUAAAACUUACAAAAUCUUAACUCUGGCUUAGACAAUUUUGAAGAAAUUCUCCAAGAGGAGCAGUCUUCACUGAAGCUUGAAGAGAUCUUCCCAUUGUGCCCUAUAAAUAACUAGACUAUUAAGGAUACCAAAGUGCCUGUAAUAUAUGUAGCAGAUUGUCUAUAUCAUGUUUUGAGAAUCAGUUGUCUAUAUUUCAGUGUGAUGUACCUGCACACGGGCAUGUAUGCUUCUCCUAUGUUUUAUUAUGAAUGUGCCUCAUUAAGGUCGACUUUAUAAUAUCAUUCAGACAUUGGCUUCAUACAGAAUAGCAUGAGUAACUCUUAUCACAACAUAGCUUAGGUUAGCAAUCCUCACUUCCUUUUAAAUGACAGAAAUGCAUUUACUGCAUGGCAAGUUUCAGGGAAAUCUAAAAAAGGGAUGAUAUGCAAGAGGAUGAUUCAGCCAUUAAGUAUAGUUAUGAGGGGAAAACAUAUAAAUAAAUAAACCCAUAAUUUGAAAUUUUACUGAAGAAAAUCAAUAUUUCUUCUAACCUUUGUAUUCUGUUGUGGCUUAAAGUGACAUCAGUGAGUAAGAGUACUGUAUGGUGGCUUUGCUUAAGUGGUAAUUUAUAAAGUUAUAUUUUAAUUCUACUAACAAGGGGUAGCCUGGUGAGAAGAGGAGGCUCAUAAUAUCAAUAAAUAUAUGCAGAAUGAUCUAGCACUUUGGGCUUCUUUUUUGCAAUUAAAACUAAAAUUAGCAAAAGGAAUGAAAAAAUGAGGAAAAACAAAGGCCCACUAAUAAGUUGAAAUAAGCCUUUUAGUUUGAUGUUAAGAUACACAAAGCAAUGUUUUCUUCCUUAUUCAUCUUCUCUGUUCUUUCUAAUAAGGCCACAUCUUUUGUAUUUUGCAUGAAAUGCAAAAGAAAUUGAAUUGAUGCAAUGCGAAAUAUAUUGAAAAUAGUUCUGCAGUAAAGAGAUGGAGAAAUUUUGGACCAAAAUCUGAAUGAUGAUUAAAACAUUUUUUUUUGCCUUUGAGACAUAGAAACCGAGUGCAUGAAUAAAUAUGCUGUUCACAAUUUAAUGGUUCACUGAAGAAUGAUGAGGAUUGAUGAGAUUCCAAUUAGCAAUUCUAUAUCUGAGUACCAUCAGAUUAGAUUUCUGUUUUUUUUCUAUUCUGUGCCUUAAAAGAAAGCUUAAAUAUUUCAUGUAAUGAAAGCCAAGCUUUGUUCUCUGUAUUUACCCAUCUUUAUGUGCUAUUGAAACUGGUGCAGUUUUUUGCUGCAUUUUGUAUUUAGAGCUGCUGUAAUCUAAUCACCAAUGAAGCUGUUAUUUGACUUAGGGAUUUAACAUUCUUUCCUGUUUCAAACUCUCUAUUAUGAUGCAGCAACUGGGGAAAAGAAGAGAGUAGUUUGACUACAGAUUGCAUUUUUUCGCUGAUCUAAUUUUGCUAUUGCAUGUAUUUAUUCAGUAAAUGAUUCAUAUGGAA